AUGAGAGAAAAAGAAGUAAAUGAAUUAAGAACUAGAGUUGUCUAACUAGAAUAAUCGAAUUCAUAAAUAAACGUCUAUUAAGCUAAAUUAUAAGAAUGUGAACUUAACAAUUAAUAAUUAAGAAAAAGAAUUGAAGAAUUAAUGAUCUAAGUCAAUGAACAUAGUAAUGAAUUAGUAAAGAGAUCUAAGAGAGAAGGUGAUAUCUAAAAUUAUAUUACAAACAUUUAAAUAUAAGAAGAAAAAAUAGUAAAAAUGAGUUAAUAAUUAGAAUUAUCUUAAAAAAGAAUUUCUUAACUUGAAUAGGAAAUUAACUCUUAUAGAAUUAAAAUAAGUGAGUAUGAAAGCAGCAAGGCUAAUAUUCCUGUUUAUGAAAGUAGAAUUAAUUAACUUACCUAGUAAAUUGAAAGCUUAAAUAGCUUAGUUGUUAAUAAAGAAAAUGAAUUAAGAACCGUUAGAUCUGAAAUUUCAUAAUAUUAAAUCUAAAUUAAUUAAGUUGGCGUUUCUAAAUAAGAGAUUACUAGACUUACUGAAAUAAUAUCUGUUAGAGAAAGAGAGAAUAAUGAUUUAAGAGGCCGAGUAGCUUAAUUGGAAAAUAGUUCAAGAUAGAUUUAAUUAUAUGAAAGUAAAAUUUAAUAAUUAGCUCAAUAAAUUGAAAGCUUGAAUGCACUGAUUAUUAAUAAAGACAAUGAGCUCAAAUCGGUAAGGACUGAAAUAUCUAAUUAUUAAGUUUAAAUUAAUUCUUUUGGAGCAAGCAAAUAAGAAAUUACAAGAUUAACUGAAAUAAUCUCAAUGAGAGAAAAAGAAGUAAAUGAAUUAAGAACUAGAGUUGUCUAACUAGAAUAAUCGAAUUCAUAAAUAAACGUCUAUUAAGCUAAACUAUAAGAAUGUGAACUUAACAAUUAAUAAUUAAGAAAAAGAAUUGAAGAAUUAAUGAUCUAAGUCAAUGAACAUAGUAAUGAAUUAGUAAAGAGAUCUAAGAGAGAAGGUGAUAUCUAAAAUUAUAUUACAAACAUUUAAAUAUAAGAAGAAAAAAUAGUAAAAAUGAGUUAAUAAUUAGAAUUAUCUUAAAAAAGAAUUUCUUAACUUGAAUAGGAAAUUAACUCUUAUAGAAUUAAAAUAAGUGAGUAUGAAAGCAGCAAGGCUAAUAUUCCUGUUUAUGAAAGUAGAAUUAAUUAACUUACCUAGUAAAUUGAAAGCUUAAAUAGCUUAGUUGUUAAUAAAGAAAAUGAAUUAAGAACCGUUAGAUCUGAAAUUUCAUAAUAUUAAAUCUAAAUUAAUUAAGUUGGCGUUUCUAAAUAAGAGAUUACUAGACUUACUGAAAUAAUAUCUGUUAGAGAAAGAGAGAAUAAUGAUUUAAGAGGCCGAGUAGCUUAAUUGGAAAAUAGUUCAAGAUAGAUUUAAUUAUAUGAAAGUAAAAUUUAAUAAUUAGCUCAAUAAAUUGAAAGCUUGAAUGCACUGAUUAUUAAUAAAGAUAAUGAAAUUAGAUCUGUAAGGACUGAAAUAUCUAAUUAUUAAGUUUAAAUUAAUUCUUUUGGAGCAAGCAAAUAAGAAAUUACAAGAUUAACUGAAAUAAUCUCAAUGAGAGAAAAAGAAGUAAAUGAAUUAAGAACUAGAGUUGUCUAACUAGAAUAAUCAAAUGCUUAAGUUAUAAUUUAUUAGGCUAAAUUGUAAGAAUGUGAACUUAACAAUUAAUAAUUAAGAAAAAGAAUUGAAGAAUUAAUGAUCUAAACAAAUGAACACUAAGAAGAUAGAGUAAAACGUUCUAAACAAGUUAAUGAAAUGGAAUAUAAAAUUUCUUAAAUUAAAACACUAGAAGAAAGAAUAAUUGUAUUUACUUAAACCAUUGAAUAGAUGAAUAACAAAAUUAAAUAAUACGAAUAAGAAAUAUACACAUUAAGAGCAUAAUCAUCCUAAUAUGAAAGUUUAAGACAAUUAGUAACUAUCCGAGAGCGUGAAAUCUAACAAUGGUAGAGUAAAUAUCUUCAUUUAGAAUAAUCUUCAUAUCAAUAAUAAAACCUCUAAGUCGUUGUUUCAGAAAAAGAAACUAACAUUUAAUCUUUAUAAUAAUAAAUUUCAAAUUUAAACAGUUUAAAUGCCUCCCUCACUACAAAAAUUAGAGAAUUGGAAACUUCAACUUCUGGUUCUAUAAUUAUGUAAGAAAAAAUGAGCUUGCUCCUUGAAAGAAUAGCCUACUAAGCUGCAUUAAUUGAAUAAUUAAGAUAUGGUGGAUAAUCAGUUAAACAAACAGACUCUGUCAUGAGAUCAAGUGAUGAUGUAAGAAGAUCUAUUACCUAAACAAAUGUUAUAUAAGUUGGAGGAGGUGAAUCUGAAGUUGUUAGAAGAUCUAGUAAACAAGUAGUUAUAAGCUAAUCUCCUAAUAGAUAAUAAAUUUCUUCUAGUUAUUAUGUUACUAAUGUUUAAUAACCUCAAUAGUAUUAAUCAGUCUAAUAUUAAUAUUCUUAAGGUGAUUAAGGUGGUUGAUAUUAAAACUCUAGUGGAGAUCUUAAAUUUUCUUAAAAAAUAUGAUAUUGAUAAAUCUCUUAAUUUGAUUUAUAAAGAAAAAUAUAUCAUGUUUUUAGAU